GUUGGGACUUUCGCCUCCUUCAGGCUCUUGGGCAUCAUGCUUUCUUUCAAGCAGCCUAAUCACUUCCAGAGUCUGAUGGUUCUGCAAUGGCCCUUGAGCUACCUUAUCCUAUUUUGGAUCUUCCCGCCAUUGUCCAUUUACCUGCUGUUUACAUCCUGGUGGUCACUAUCAGCUCUUUACUUUGCCUGGUUUUUCCUGGACUGGAAGACCCCAGAGCAAGGUGGCAGGCGAUCAGCCUGGGUAAGGAACUGGUGUGCCUGGACCCACAUAAGGGACUAUUUCCCCAUUUCGAUCCUGAAGACUAAAGACCUGUCACCUGAACACAACUACCUCAUGGGGGUUCACCCCCAUGGCAUCUUGACGUUUGGCGGUGUCUGCAACUUCUGCACUGAGGCCACAGGCUUCUCGAAGAUCUUCCCAGGCAUCACUCCCUAUCUGGCCACGCUGUCCUGGUUCUUCAAGGUCCCCUUUCUUAGGGACUACCUCAUGGCCAAAGGUCUGUGCUCUGUGAGUCGGUCAGCCAUCGACUACCUGCUAAGCCACGGCACCGGCAACCUCGUGGGCAUUGUAGUGGGAGGGGUGGGAGAGGCCCUGCAGAGCAUGCCCAACACUACCACCCUCAUCCUUCGUAAGCACAAGGGCUUUGUGCGCACAGCUCUCCAGCACGGGGCUCAUCUGGUCCCCACCUUCACUUUUGGAGAAACUGAGGUGUAUGAUCAGGUGUUGUACCACAAGGACAGCUGUAUGUACAAGUUUCAGAGACACUUUCGCCAGAUCUUUGGUUUCUAUUUUUGUGUCUUCUAUGGACGAGGUUUCCGCCAAGGCUCCACUGGGCUCCUGCCAUACUCGCUGCCUAUCGUCACUGUGGUUGGGGAGCCCCUGCCUCUGCCCAAAAUUGAAAAACCAAGCCAGGAGGUGGUGGACAAAUAUCAUGCACUCUAUAUGGAUGCCCUGCACAAACUGUUUGAUCAGCACAAGACCCAGUACGGCUGCUCAGAGACCCAAAAGCUGCUUUUCCUGUGACAGGAGGAGCUGCAUGCUCAGGAAUGCAUGCCUUGGAGAGGAGACUCAAUCACUGC